AUUAUUUUAGGAAGAAAACCACCUGGAAGAAUCAAUGAAGUUCCUUCUUUUCACAUUUGUUGGUGUUGUUCACCUUUUCUCCCUGAACUCUGGGAAAGCGAUCUAUAAGAAUGACAUCUCUCGGAGGACUUUUCAAGAAAUAAAAGAAGAAAUAGCCCGCUAUAAAGAUGUUGCUAAAGCAAUCAUCAACCUUGCUGUUUAUGGUAAAGCCCAGAACAGAUCCUAUGAGCGACUGGCACUUCUGGUUGAUACUGUUGGACCCCGACCAAGCGGCUCCAAGAGCUUGGAAAAAGCCAUCCAAAUCAUGUACCAGAACCUGCAGGAAGAUGGGCUGGAGAAUGUCCACUUGGAGCCGGUCAAAAUACCUCACUGGGAAAGGGGAGAAGAAUCUGCUGUGAUGCUGGAGCCAAGGGUUCACAAGAUGGCUAUUUUGGGUCUUGGCAGCAGCAUUGGGACUCCCCCAGAAGGCAUUACGGCAGAAGUUCUGGUGGUGACCUCUUUCGAGGAACUGCAGAGAAGGGCCCCAGAAGCAAGAGGCAAGAUUGUUGUUUAUAAUCAACCUUACGUCAACUACUCGAAGACAGUGCAGUACCGGGUCCAGGGGGCAGUGGAAGCUGCUAAAGUGGGAGCUUUGGCGUCCCUGAUUCGCUCAGUGGCUUCCUUCUCCAUCUACAGUCCUCACACAGGUAUUCAGGAAUACCAGGAUGGUGUGCCAAAAAUCCCGACAGCUUGUAUUACAGUGGAAGAUGCAGAGAUGAUAUCCCGGAUGGCUUCUCGUGGGAACAGAAUUGUUAUUCAGCUGAAGAUGGGGGCAAAGAACUACCCAGAUGCUGAUUCCUUCAACACUGUAGCAGAGAUCAUUGGCAGCAAGUACCCAGAGCAGGUUGUACUGGUCAGUGGACAUCUGGACAGCUGGGACGUUGGGCAGGGCGCCAUGGAUGAUGGCGGUGGAGCCUUUAUAUCAUGGGAAGCACUCUCGCUUAUUAAAGAUCUUGGGCUGCGACCAAAGAGGACUCUGCGUUUGGUGCUCUGGACUGCCGAGGAACAAGGCGGAAUCGGGGGCUUCCAGUAUUACCAGUUACACAAGGCAAAUAUUUCCAACUACAGCCUGGUGAUGGAGUCUGAUGAGGGAACCUUCUUACCCUCUGGGCUGCAAUUCACUGGCAGUGAGAAGGCCAGGGCCAUCAUGGAGGAGGUCAUGAGGCUGCUGCAGCCGGUCAAUGUCACACAGGUCUUUAGGACUGGAGAAGGGACAGACAUUAACUUCUGGAUCCAAGCUGGAGUGCCUGGAGCCAGUCUAGUUGAUGACCUCUAUAAAUAUUUCUCCUUCCAUCACUCCCAUGGAGAUACCAUGACUGUCAUGGAUCCAAAGCAGAUGAAUGUGGCUGCUGCUGUUUGGGCGGUUGUCUCUUAUGUCAUCGCAGACAUGGAGGAAAUGCUGCCCAGGUCUUAAGAACAAGCAAGCAAGCACUUUUGUCCUUUCUGGCCAGGAAUUCUAGGAAUGCAGCUCCAGGAAGUCCCUCUUCAACUAACAGUUUGAUCUCACCUGAUCCAUUUUCAGAGCAUAAUACUUUCUCAUACUUUCUGUUACCAUCUUUCUCAAUACUUUCCAAAUUCUCUGUUUCUAAAGGAAGAAAUGAUCCCCACUCCCACAUACAGUCAAAAUAUGGUAGGGAUCACAGUGGGGACCUUUCUUUAAACCACCUGUGAAAAUUAUUGUUUCUACUUUGAAAGUAAAUACUCAAUAAAUAUUUGGAAGAUCUCU